CCCGAACAAGAGGCAGAGCAGGACGCUGUGGUGCCGAGAUCAGACACCAACGAAGAAGAAGAAGAAGAAGAAGAAGAAGAAGAAGUUAUUAGUUUAUCAUUUCUGAGGAUUUUUGUGAUCGUCGUCGUUAACGCAGAUUUUUUUUUUGCGCUGUAAUUUUUUGUGCUUUUGAGAUAGUUUUGUGCGAUGGAGAGCGUGCGCGCCGCCGUCUACCUGUCCGUCUGUCUGUCCGUGCUGACAUCACUCUGUCAGGGUCAAAGGUCAGCCGACAACCAGCUGCCGUCUGCGCCCGACGAGGCGCUGCUGGGACUCACCGCCAAGGAGCUGGCUGAAGCUCUGCAGGGUUUCCUGGAUGAAGCCGACAGCAGCAGCGUGGCUCUCUCUGUGGAGAAGAAAGCCAGCGUCAUCCCCCGGUGUGACGUGGGCGAGCGCUGUGCGAUGAAACACGGACCUCGUAUCGGUCGGUUGUGUGACUGUCUGAGAGGAACGGCUUGCAACACCUUCUUCCUGCGCUGCUACUGAACACACACACACACACACACACACACACACCUGUCUCACCCGUCUCAACUGGCUGUCUCUCUGCAUGUUUCUGUCUUUGUUUUAGAGUUUCAGUGUCUGUCCCUCAGAUUCAUUUAUUUUUGUUA